CUACAGAAGGCCCCAGCAUACUGCCAAGACAAUAGCUCUCUUAGGGCCACCCAGUCGCUAUGAACCAUGGCUCAGUUGUACUACAAAAAGGUGAACUACUCGCCCUACAGAGACCGGAUCCCGUUGCAGAUUGUACGAGCAGAAGCGGAGCUGUCUCUGGAGGAGAAGGCCUACCUCAGUGCUGUGGAGAAGGGGGACUAUGCCAGCAUGAAGCGUUCCUUGGAGGAGGCUGAAAUCUACUACAACAUCAACAUUAACUGCAUGGACCCUCUCGGACGCAGUGCCCUUUUAAUAGCCAUAGAGAACGAAAACCUGGAAAUUAUGGAGUUGCUGUUGAGCCACAGUGUCUACGUGGGGGAUGCUCUCUUGUAUGCAAUAAGGAAAGAAGUGGUGGGGGCAGUGGAACUGCUUCUGAACUACAGGAAGCCAAGCGGGGAGAAGCAGGUCCCCACCUUGAUGAUGGACACUCAGUUUUCAGAGUUCACCCCCGAUAUCACCCCCAUCAUGCUGGCGGCUCACACCAACAACUACGAAAUCAUCAAGCUGCUAGUCCAAAGACGGGUCACGAUCCCGCGCCCGCACCAGAUCAGAUGCAACUGUGUGGAAUGUGUCUCCAGUUCUGAAGUGGACAGCCUGAGGCAUUCCAGGUCAAGGUUGAACAUUUACAAAGCUUUGGCCAGUCCUUCGUUGAUUGCCUUAUCUAGUGAGGACCCAAUCCUGACAGCCUUCCGGCUGGGUUGGGAGCUGAAGGAGCUCAGCAAAGUGGAGAAUGAGUUCAAGGCAGAGUAUGAGGAGCUUUCGCAGCAGUGCAAGAGAUUUGCUAAGGACCUUCUGGACCAGGCACGGAGCUCCAGAGAGCUGGAAAUCAUCUUGAACCACAGGGAUGACCAGAGUGAAGAGCUGGAUCCUCAAAAAUGUCACGAUUUGGCAAAGCUAAAGGUAGCAAUAAAGUAUCACCAGAAGGAGUUUGUUGCACAGCCCAACUGCCAGCAGCUGCUAGCGACGCUUUGGUAUGACGGCUUUCCCGGAUGGCGGCGAAAGCAUUGGGCAGUCAAGCUCUUGACCUGCAUCACCAUUGGACUGCUGUUUCCAGUGCUUUCUGUGGCCUACUUGAUUGCACCUAAGAGCAGGCUGGGACUGUUCAUUAAAAAGCCAUUUAUAAAGUUUAUCUGCCACACUGGCUCUUACCUUACCUUUCUCUUCAUGCUGCUGCUGGCAUCGCAGCACAUUGUCAGGACUGACCUCCACAUGCAGGGACCUCCUCCCACCAUUGUUGAAUGGAUGAUCCUCCCCUGGGUUCUAGGUUUUAUUUGGGGAGAAAUCAAAGAAAUGUGGGACGGAGGCUUCAAUGAGUAUGUGCACGAUUGGUGGAACCUGAUGGAUUUUGCAAUGAAUUCUCUCUACCUGGCAACCAUCUCUCUGAAAAUUGUUGCAUAUGUCAAGUACAAUGGUUCCCGUCCAAGGCAGGAAUGGGAAAUGUGGCACCCCACCCUCAUUGCAGAAGCCCUCUUUGCAAUAUCAAACAUUUUAAGCUCCUUGCGUCUCAUCUCCCUGUUUACAGCAAACUCUCACCUGGGACCCCUGCAGAUCUCUCUGGGACGUAUGCUACUAGAUAUCCUCAAGUUCCUCUUUAUUUACUGCCUGGUGCUGCUGGCAUUCGCCAAUGGACUCAACCAGCUUUAUUUCUAUUAUGAGACCAGUGCCUCAGAGGAGCCCAACAAUUGCAAGGGGAUCCGAUGCGAGAAGCAGAACAAUGCCUUCUCCACGCUCUUUGAAACUCUCCAGUCUCUCUUCUGGUCUGUGUUUGGUCUGUUGAAUCUCUACGUCACUAAUGUGAAAGCCAGGCAUGAAUUCACAGAAUUUGUCGGGGCCACCAUGUUCGGCACGUACAACGUCAUCUCCCUGGUGGUCUUGCUAAACAUGCUCAUAGCAAUGAUGAACAACUCCUACCAGCUCAUAGCAGACCACGCGGAUAUCGAAUGGAAGUUUGCACGCACCAAGCUCUGGAUGAGCUACUUCGAUGAAGGUGGCACUCUGCCACCUCCUUUUAACAUUAUUCCUAGCCCCAAAUCAUUCUGGUAUCUUUGCAAGUGGAUCCACAAGCAGCUAUGCCCAUCUCAGGACUCAGAGAAUGAUCAGAAGAAGCAUGAGAACCUGAAGACAUUCACGGAACGCCAUGCUGACAACUUGAUCCAGAAUCAACAUUAUCAGGAAGUGAUCAGAAACCUGGUAAAGAGAUACGUUGCAGCAAUGAUAAGAAACUCAAAAAGUAACGAGGGAUUAACUGAAGAAAAUUUUAAGGAAUUGAAGCAGGAUAUCUCCAGCUUCCGCUAUGAAGUCCUUGACCUCUUGGGUAACCGAAAACCCCAACGCAGAAGUUAUUCCACCAGCAGCACAGAAGUUUCCCAGAAGGACGAUGCUAAUGAGGACUGUGCUGGUGAAACAUCCAAAGCAAAGAGUGUUUCUUUCAGCACGGCCAACAAGAAGAAAGACUUCAAUGUUUCAGCUCUGAUUAAGACUAUGUCUGGGAUCGAAAUGGUAAACGAGAAACCAAAAAGCAAUGGGAUAAACAAGCGCUCCUUCAUCCGCAAUGGGAAUAGGGUGCAAAGGCUUUCCAGCUCCAAGAAAGAGUCCUUCAAACGGCUGGGCCUCCUGUUCUCCAAGAUGAACGGUCAUCUCUCGGAACCAAACUCAGAGCCCAUGUACACCAUCUCAGAUGGGGUAAUCCAGCCACAUCUCAUGUGGCAAGACAUUAAAUACUCUCAGAUGGCAAAAGAGCAAGACGAGAACUGCUCCAGAAGUGAAAUUAACCUCAAUGAGGUGGACUACAGUAGGAACAUCAGACAUACGGGACAGAGCCAGUGCCCUGUGGUUUGUUCUAGUUCCCUUCACUGUGCUUCCAGCAUCUGCUCCUCUAAUUCCAAACUCAUAGACUCCUCAGAGGACGUUUUUGACUCAUGGGGAGAUGCUUGCGAUAUGUUUAGGAACCAAUGGAAAGAUGGGCAGGAGGAACAGGUUACCACUCGCCUAUAA